AUGAAAUUUUUCAAAUCUUUAAUUACGGUCUAUUCUAUUUCAAGAGCAAUUGCGUCUAAUCUAAAAAAUAAUCAAUAUAUAAAAAAUAUAACUACUCGAAAUUUACCACAAAUUUCUAUUAAUACAAAUAUUACAGAUGAUCCUAUUGGUUUUGAAUUAUCUAGAAUUAUUUUCAAUGGAAAGCGAACAAAUGUAACUGUUGGAAUUAAAAAUUUGAAAAACGAAACACUUCUUCUCGAAUCUUUUUCUAUUGAUGUUUAUGAUGUUAAUUUUUCAUUGCCGAUAAUUAAGCUAGGAGAUAUAAGGAAACGUGUUACUAUAGCAGGAACUAAUACUACAAAAGUUUCAUUCUAUUUUUCAACUGAAUUAGCAGAGCGUGACUAUGGUCUUACUAUUCUUGCAAAAAUUAGAAAUGCUGCUGAUUUUUUUACAUAUGUUGCUUAUAAUUCAACGAUUAUAGUGAAAGAACCAGAGCAUUCUUUUUUCAAUCUUCAAACAAUAUUUCUUUAUGUUCUUCUUAUCAGCAUUAUGCUGGGCCCUUAUUUAAUUUUUCGAAAAUGGUUAUCUAAUAAUUUUCAGAAAAAAAGGAAGAACCGUAAAAAAAUUAAUGAGAAAAAAGAGUUAGAAAAAACGUCUAAUUUGCAUUAUGAUGAAAACUGGAUUCCAGAACAUCAUCUAAAAAAUAGGGCAGGAAUAUCGAGAAAAGCAUAG